AUGGGUUGUUUUCAGUCCAAAAGUGCCAAUGAGAUCACUUCUCCUGAUCAUCCAUCAGCUCAGCACAAUCCAGAAUCUGUAACUGAGGGCCAAGUGGAUCAUGAGGACCAAGUGGAGCAGGAGAUUGAUGUUCCAUGUUUCCAACGCUUUGGAUUACGUCAACUGUACGAUGCAACAAAUGCGUUUAGUGGCAAAUGCAUUGUCCCUGGAGGUGAGAUGAAAGAUCUCAAUUUGGUGUACGGAGGAAUGCUCGAAGACAUUGGUCUCGUCGCCAUCAAGCGACUCUCUAAACUGACUUGGCCUGAUGCUCAGCAGUUUGUGGAUCAGGCGACUGCUGUUGGAAAGCUUAGGUCCAAGAGAUUGGCCAAUCUGCUUGGUUAUUGCGUUGAAGGAGGCGAGAGAUUUUUGGUGGCUGAGUACAUGCCCCAUGGUACUCUCUCAAAGCAUCUUUUUCACUGGAAGAGACGGGAAAUGCCUUGGGAAAUGCGUGUUCGAGUUGCAUAUUAUAUCGCUCAAGCACUUGAUUACUGCAACGUCCAAAACCAAAAGAUAUAUCAUGAUUUAUGUGCAUCCAGAAUCCUCUUUGAUGAGGACGGUGAUCCUCGUUUAUCAACUUUUGGUCUCAUCAAGAACAGCAGAGACGGAAGAAGCUAUAGCACUAACUUGACUUACACUACGCCAGAGUUUUCAGAAACUGGUAUAACCUUUCCUGAAAGUGUGAUUUACCAUUAUGGAAAUGUUCUUAUAGAACUUGUGAGCGGCAAACACAUUCCACCGAAACAUGCUUUCGAUAUCAUAAUGGAGAAAAAUGCGUUGCGACUCAUGGAUUCAUCACUUGAAGGGAGAUUUGAUAAUGAAAACGCAACUAAACUUGUUAAUCUUGCUUCAGAAUGUCUUCAAAGCAACCCGGAAGAUCGACCUGAUACUAAAUCUCUUGUCUCUGCAGCAGCACCACUACAAAAGAUGGAAGAGAUUUCAUCUCAUUACUUGAUGCGUCUGCCUAAGAAUCCUGUGUUACUACCAUCCAUGCGUUCUCCUCUCGGAUAG